AUGGAAUCAAAGAUAAUAGAUAAAUCAACAACUAGUUCAGACAAAAUGAUGAAUAGACUAACAAAUAUAAUAUCAACCAUAUCAAAGAAACCAGGUGUUGUUUUUGUGUUGGGUGGUCCUGGAAGUGGCAAGGGUACUCAAUGUGCCAAGAUUGUUCAAGAGUUUGGAUAUGUUCACUUGUCGGCUGGUGACUUGUUGCGUGAAGAACAAGCAUCUGGUUCAAAGAAUGGUGAUAUGAUUGCCACUAUGAUCAAGAAUGGUGAAAUCGUACCAUCUGUCGUCACUGUCAAUCUUCUCAAAGAUAGAAUCCUCAGAGAUCCAUCCAAGAAUUACCUUGUUGAUGGUUUCCCAAGAAAUGAAGAAAAUAAUAAUUCUUGGACUGAUAAUAUGAAAGAUAUUGUUGAUACCAAGUUUGUAUUAUUCUUUGAUUGCCCAGAACAAGUUAUGACCGAAAGAUUACUUGGUAGAGGUGUAAGCAGUGGUAGAACAGAUGAUAACUUGGAAUCGAUUAAAAAGAGAUUUGUCACCUUUAACAACCAAACUAAAUUGGUUGUCGAUUAUUAUGGAAAGCAAUCACGUGUCAAGAUUGUCGAUUCAAACAGACAUGUUGAUCAAGUAUUUGAUGAUGUCAAGAAAAUCUUUUCAUCUCUUUAA